AUGAGUCCAGUCCCAAAUACCGUCGGCCCCUCCCGGAGCCAAAACCCCUGGUCCAUCGACCCCAAUGACAUCCGAACAUUCGUCUUCUCCUAUGCAAUCCUCGGCCUGAUGCUACUCGCCUUUGUCGGCAUGAUAGCCGUCGACAUGUUCCGCAAACACCGCACAGGAGAACUCCAAGAAUCCAUGACGACGCUGGGUGAUUUCUUUAAGCUCCUGCUCAUCACGAUGCCCAAGAUCAUGCUGGACCCAAGAAACCUCUACAAGGCGUGGAUCCUCUUCACGGAUCAGUUUCGAAGGGUUGAGAAUAAGCGGUACGACAAGAAGAAGGAGAGCAACAAGAGAAAGGAUACGCCGGAGAAGGAAUUUGACAGCGAGGCUAUUAUCAAGAGGAUGCACUCCAUGUCUUCUUCAGACAAGAGUCCCACCGACACAUCCAAGCCAUCUCCCAAGGGGAAAGAAAAGGGGCCCUUCUUCGCCGGGCCUCUGGAGGAAGUCAAGCUCGUCAUAACAGGUUCAUCCGCCUUUAAAACCGGCCUAGACCUCGAACUCGGACACGGGACACGACACGGCAGCAGUUCAGCAGACGACUGCGGCGUGGGGUCCAGCAGCACUGCCGCAGGAGGUUCCGGAUCUGAUUGUUUUUCUGGGACUGUUGGUUAUGGGUCAUACGGUUGUGGUGACUUUGGAUCGGAUGGUUGUGCUGGAACAGAUGCUGGAGCUGGAUGCGAUUAA